AUGUCCGGCAUGCAGGCCUUUUCACUCGCCUGCGGCGUCAUGCAGGUCAUCACCUUCGCCGAGUUGACAUUCGCGACGUGCCGCAAGAUUUUAAAGACAGGCACACCAGACCCAACCCUCAACGACCGAGUUCAAGACCUAAAGGGGUUCUGCGAAAUAGUGGAAAAGCGGUGCACUCCACUUAUCCCAAUGAAAUUAAACGCCAACGAAACAAAACUGUUGGCCAUCGCUACCAGGAGUGUGGGGGCGGCCCAAGAGCUGGAAGCGGAGAUUGCGAAGAUAUGCCCUUCCUCCUCACGGGGAAAACUUUCGACUUCAUUACUAGAAACUAUGAAGGUUUUGAUUCAUCGGCGGAAAAUUGAAAAGUUGGAGAAGACAAUGAUGGAUGGUACUCAGGGAAAGGCUCUUGAGAUCCAGGCUAGUCGAGGCUUUUCUGGUCUGGAGAGUACUUUGCAGCACUUCAUCAACGCUCGCUCGCAAGGCCACACGCAGUUAACAGAGCUGUUCAACAACGAGUUCGGUAACCUCAACACCAAAAUAGCUAGCGAGUCCACACACACACGCCAACAUGUUUCCCAGCUUUCUACGCGACUGCAAGAAGAAUCAGCUCUUCUCGCCAAACGUGACGACCUGCAACGGCUUUUAGCAAGCUUGAAGUACCCAAGCAUGAACGAACGACGGAACAAUGUCACCGAUAGCUACAUCACAACGUUUGAGUGGGUGUUUAGAACAUCAGCCAAUGCAGAAACAUCCGACGACAGUUCUUCUGAAGGCUCUGGGCUUGACGAUGUUGGAUCUGACGGAACUAGCCAGUAUGGAAGCGACAUUGAGAGCGUACAUGAGGAUUCGAGUGACGAAGAAGAAGUGUCGGUUGGUCUCGUUGAAUGGCUUACAUCCGUCAAUGAACCACUUUUCUGGAUUAGUGGCAAGCCAGGAUCUGGAAAGAGCACAUUGAUGAAAUUCCUGCUCCACGAUCACCGGACAAGGAGACAUCUAGAGCUGGCUUACCCUGGAGCUCUAAUGAUCUCCCACUUCUUCUGGCUGGCUGGCCAAGAGAUGGAACGAAGUAUCAGGGGACUCCUGUGCUCUUUGCUAUACCAGCUGGUUAGCGAACGUGUGGAAGUCUACAUUGAUAUCGUCCGGCAGCUUGGCUCCAGCAAAGCAAAGUCAAAGGAGGUUUACACUGAUUGGUCAACAAAGGAGUUGCGGGAAACACUUCUUCAUGUUCUCGCAAGCUCGUGCGUACCGGCCCUCAUAUUCCUCGAUGGCCUCGACCAAGUCGAUCCUUCCGACGGAUCUUUUGCACUCUUGCAACUUGUCAAUGAUAUAUGCACGCUUCCAAACAUGAAGGUUUGCGCAUCGAGUCGCCCGGAGGUAAUCUUCAAUCGGCAACUAAGUAUAAGACCGUCGUUUCGAGUCCAGGACCUCACAAGACGCGACAUUAAAAGCUUUGCCAAGGAGCAGCGGCGAUCUUGCACAGCUGCCAAGUUUGAGCGUUCAGAUUCAUUCCGUGAUUUGAUCGGCGAGAUUGCCUACAGGGCAGAUGGCGUUUUCUUAUGGGCGGCGCUGACCGUGAAAAGUCUUCAAAGGGGUUUAGUUCAUGAGGAUUCACCGGAUGAGCUUCAACGACGACUGGACGCUUUACCCGACGGCCUGAACGCACUGUACCAGGAUAAGUGGAACCGGCACAAUGAAGAUAACCAGGUGUAUCGCGAAGAGGCCGCGAGGUACCUCAACCUCCUUCUCAAUCACGAUGAGUACGGUGUUGCGUUUGGAGGGUGCUUUGGACCGGACGGGGGUGCCACUGCCAUAUUCCUAGCCAACAAUGCCGCGUUCCGAUCUGCGAUGAUAAACGAUCAAAGCAAUGUUGCCAUGGCUGGUGAUCAGUUCAUCAAGAGUCGUUCAAAAUUUGGGAGGGAAAUUGUGGCCCGAUCUGCUGGCUUGGUUGAAGUCUCUGAGUCCAAGCCAAACGUUUAA